AUGGCCUUCAUCCAGUGCCCUCGCACCAGCUUCUCCCCUCUUUUCCGCCUUCUCGACGAUUACGAGGCCCACCGCUCCGAGCCGCGCCCCACCGCAGCUACUCCAAGCUUUACCCCAUCCUUCGAUGUCCGCGAAGCUUCAGAGGGCUACUACCUGGACGGUGAACUCCCAGGCGUAGACCAAACCGCCAUAGAAAUAGAAUUCAGCGACCCGCAAACUCUCACCGUGAAGGGCCACACUGAACGAAACUACCAACCUCAGCCUCACCAAGCUGAGCACGAGACUGAGCAUACCUCCUCUCCACGCCAGCAUCAAGCUACAGUCGAAGACGAAGACGAAGCUGACUCAGACUCAACCUCAAACUCCGAUGACAAACGCACCUCACAGAAGCAGAAGCUUCAUGCAGAGCCAGCAAAGCAGCAGAAGACGCAGACUGAGCCCGACUUCCACUUCUGGGCGUCGGAGCGGUCAAUCGGCGAGUUCCAGCGCACAUUUACAUUUCCCACGCGCGUGGAUCAGGACGGUGUGCGUGCUAGUUUGAAGAAUGGGAUUUUGUCGGUUUAUGUGCCCAAGAAUGCGGCGCCGAAGACUAAGAAGAUCCGUAUUUUGUGA